CAUCCAGCAACCUGCAUUUCAUUUGGACAUAAGAGGAUCAAAACAGUAAUUUCUGCCGAAAUGUUGUUCUCGUUCAAACUAUCAAGGCUAUAAUGGCGACGCAGAGACGGGUCAAGAGUUUAUACGUUGUCCUUUGAUGCCAUUAGAGAUUAGUCGACUUUUAAUAUGUAGUUGAGUUGUAGUCAAGUACGGAUCAGAUGAUAAAAUGUUGUAUUUCACGCCAUUAAAUGCUGUUUGUUAAAUGUUUUCCUGAUAUAGCGGAUCGUCAUGUGGUUUGGGAAUGCGGGUGCGCAUGUAUUAGAAGGAUUUGUGAGUGCGUGUGGAAAGUGUUGGAUAUUCUGUACGUGGCAGCGACUAAAAUCACUGCAAAACGCAGCGGAGGAGUGUUUAUAAAACUCUUUGACUGGGUUUGCCCCAUCACACUUCAGUUUCAGCUCAAAACGAGGUUUUGCUCGACAAUGGCAACAUUUCUGGCGCUAACGCUGUUGACUCUGUUGAUCUUCUCUUCACCCACGCAAGCAGAAAUCUUCACUUCAAUCGGCCAAAUGACAGACCUGAUAUUUACAGAGAGGGAGCUCGUCAAAUCGCUGAAGGAAUACAUUGCGGCAGAAGAGUUGAAACUUGAAGCUGUGAAGAGCUGGGCUAAUAAACUAGAUACACUGACACAUGCAUCCACAUUGGACCCCGAAGGCUUCCUGGCUCACCCGGUGAACGCCUACAAGCUGAUGAAGAGACUCAACACGGAGUGGUCUGAAUUAGAGAGCCUGGUGCUGCAAGACCCAUCAGAUGGCUUCAUAUCAAACAUGUCUGUGCACAGACAGUUUCCUGAUGAGGAGGAUGAAAAGGGAGCAGCCAAAGCGCUCAUGCGUCUGCAGGACACGUAUAAACUGGACUCAGAAAGUUUCUCCAAAGGCAAACUGCCAGGGGUGCGCUACAACGCUCUGUUGACAGUGGAUGAUUGCUUUGACAUGGGGAAACUGGCCUACAAUGAGAACGACUACUAUCAUGCAGUGCUGUGGAUGCAGCAGGCGCUGAGACAGAUGGACUCUGGGGAAGAAGCCAAGACGCCCAAGGCUGAUAUUUUAGAUUAUCUUAGUUACUCUGUCUAUCAGAUGGGUGAUCUGCCACGAGCCAUCGAACUCACCCGACGCUUGGUGGCCAUUGAUCCCAGCCACCAGAGGGCAGGAGGAAAUCUGCGCUACUUUGAGCGGAUGCUCUCUAAGGAGCUGAGGGACAUGGGUCGGAGCCAACAGGAGCUCACGGACGAGAGGCCCAUUCAGCUUGACACUUAUGAGCGGCCCAGAGACUACCUGCCUGAGAGAGAGGUCUAUGAGGCCCUCUGCAGGGGAGAGGGCAUCAAAAUGACUCUGAAGAGACGUAGCAGACUGUUCUGCCGUUACCAGGAUGGCAACAGGAACCCGCGUCUGCUGCUGAAGCCGAUGAAGGAGGAGGAUGAGUGGGACAGUCCUCAUAUUGUCCGCUUUCUGGAGGCCCUGUCUGAUGAAGAGAUUGAGAAGAUCAAGGAGUUAGCCAAACCCAAGCUUGCGAGGGCCACCGUGAGGGAUCCUAAAACAGGCGUUCUGACGGUUGCCAAUUAUAGAGUUUCCAAAAGCGCGUGGCUAGAAGGAGAAGAUGAUCCAGUGAUCGCGCGGGUCAAUCAGAGAAUAGAGGACAUCACUGGGUUAACUGUGGACACUGCAGAACUGCUACAGGUUGCUAACUAUGGCGUUGGAGGUCAAUAUGAACCACAUUAUGAUUUCUCAAGGCGUCCUUUUGACAGCAACCUCAAGGUUGAUGGAAAUAGACUUGCCACCUAUCUGAACUACAAAGAUGAACCUGAUGCUUUCAAAACAUUAGGCACUGGAAAUCGUGUGGCUACUUAUUUAAAUUAUAUGAGUGAUGUUGAGGCCGGUGGGGCGACGGUUUUCCCUGAUUUUGGUGCUGCUAUUUGGCCUAGAAAGGGAACAGCGGUGUUCUGGUACAACCUCUUUAAAAGUGGAGAAGGAGACUACAGAACGAGACAUGCAGCCUGUCCUGUUCUAGUAGGCAGUAAAUGGGUUUCAAACAAAUGGAUCCAUGAGAGAGGUCAAGAGUUCAGACGACCAUGUGGCCUGACUGAAGUGGACUGAUCCAGUGAUGUCAGCGUUUGGACUCAGUACUACCAUCAGUGCCUUGACUACACAAUCAGACACUCCAGACUCCUCGAGAACAUUCAUCAGCUCCAGUCAGGACUUACUGCUACGAGACGUGAGCAGGCUGGGAUUGUCAGCUAUUCUGUCUGUGAGGGAUUUCUCUUUUAUUUUGAAUGUUUUUACUGUUGCUUAACCUUUCUUGGCAGAUUAAACUGGAGUAUCACAUCAUAACAGAACUCAUUGUGUUCAUGUAAUGCAUAAAUUAUUGUUCUUCAGUGUUUUAUUUUAUAUUCGUUUGCAAUAAAAAUGUCUAAAUUUGAA